AUGUUCAGUAACCCUCCAAUCAAAAGAGUAAUAUCAAAUGUUAUUGCCACCGCUAACACAUCUCAAAAAAAACAAUUAGCUUUUUCAGUAGCUAGGAAUUUACACACCUCCAGAAUCCAAAAUGAUUUUAUGUCUUGGUUUAGAAAAAAAAAAAAAGAUGACAGUGAAAUUAAAAAAACACAAGCUGUUCCUAGUAAGGAUACAAAAACAUUAAUUAAUGAAAUAGAAACCGGUUCCAUAGAUACUACUACAAAUGGUACUACUAAUAGCAAAUUAUUAAAAUUAGAUUUAGAUUCUCCAAGUAAUUUUAUUGGAUCUUCCACCGGCAGUCCAAUAGAUAAAUCUGAACAUGCCAUUAAGUUAAAGAAUGCACCAUUUAAUCAAUGGCUAAGCCCCACAAAAGUCAAUUCUGAAGCUAAAUUAGAUGAAAUUUUAAAGCAAAGCUUAAAUUAUGCCAAUAGCAAACAACAAGAACAACAACAACAACAACAGGAAGGUGACAAGAAUAAAAAAGCUUUUUCUCCAAUCACCUUGGAAUCCGAAUUCCCAGAUUUAAUAAGCAAGUUUUAUUUUACCAAAUACUUACAAUCUAAGACGGGUGUUUUAAUAUCUGAUAGCAAAAUCACUACAUUGACUACCCCAUUACAAUUCCGUCAAUAUUUUAUAUUUCAAGUGUUAUCUGGUAGGUCAGCGAAAUUCAAUGAAGCUGAACCUUGUGCUAUUGAUUUAUCUAAUAAAGUCUUUAAUUCUAAUAAUGUUUCCAUUAAGAGCAAUGUUACCUCAAAGGAAAAGAGAAUCAACUAUUCUAAUAUUUUAAUGGAUGUUAAGGUUUUAGAAGAUCAUGAAAUUCAAAACGCCAUCCAAGCAGCUAAAAGUAAAUAA